AGAUCCGCCCUCGGUUUCUCCUCCCCAUUGAACGCGGAAUGCAUGGUCGCCCGGGUGAAAUGAACUCCCCAUUUCUCCGUUUAAAGGUCGUCCAUUUUCCUGCCACCUUCCCCUGUACCUUCGUUUCUCCUAACGCCCUUCUCGAAUGGUCUGUCCCCCUCUUUUAAUUCACCCUUUAGGCUUAACUACCAAUUUCAAUCAACUUUAUUGCACCAAGCCUGAUUUGGGUUCUUGGUGUUUCCGUCUCAUUUUUUGUCUCCUUUGAUUUCUGGUCUUUUCUUUUGGGCUUGGUUGCUCAAUCUUGGGUUCUUGCUGACUUCUCGUGUCUGUCGUUCGAUUUCUGGAAAAAAGAAACUUGGGUGUUCUUGCAUGGAGUUGGGGGCCUGGCGAUUCACAGAUUUUGGAACGUUUUGGUGCUGAUUUCGUGGUGUUGUGAUUUAGUUCUUAAUUUUGUUUAGCAGUUGAAAAGAAAGGAUAUCUUGAAGUCAGGAUUUGGGUGAUCGGCAGCCAUGAUUCAGUUGCUAUAUACGCUUCUGGUGGGCGAGGGGUUUGUGGUGUUGCUCCUGAUUCUGAAAAACCCCAUGAGAAAGCUUGUGACUAUGUGCUUGGACAGGAUAAAGCGCGGCCGUGGUCCCGUCGUCGUUAAGACGCUCGUCGGCGUGUUGUUUGUCUUGAUGGUGGCGAGCCUUCAUAGUAUUUUCAAGAUCCAUAGGCGUUCGGAUGAGUUUGGCUCGAUCACGCCCACGGAUCAGGUUCUUGUGAGCAGGCUUAUGUUGGAGGCCUCUCUGAUGGGGUUUUGCAUCUUCCUUACAUUGAUGAUUGACCGCAUGCACCACUAUAUAAGGGAAUUACGGAUGAUGAGGAAGACUAUUGAACCUCUGAAGAUGCAAAGCAGAAGCUCUGAGGAAUGGAAGAAUGGUGGGUCAACGGUCAGUGAAUUGGAGAAGGAAAUAUCUUCUUUGAAGGAGAAGGUGAAUCAUCUGGAAGCAGUAGCUGAGGCGAAGGACAAGGAUGCAAAAGCUGCAGAAGCAAAUGCUUUAGCUAUGAAGAAACAGUCUGAGGGAUUCCUCCUUGAAUACGAUCGCCUUCUGGAGGAUAACCAAAACCUCCGUAGCCAACUGGAAUCAUUUGAAAGAAAAUCGUCCUUCUCGGAUGCCAAAAAGAAUUCAUAGUUACACUUGUUAGCUUCCCUUUGAAUAAUCAAAUCUGAGAGCUGUGAUUUUGUCUGAUUUCCUCAUCUUAUUGGUUGCAAGCAUGACUUUUAUUUUCACAACUAGCAACCAUGAUUACUUUAGUGUGAAUUUUCAGGUUUGUCAUCUGAAGUUGGAUUUGUACAUUCUAAUGAGAUGUUAUCAAUAAUUCAUCUGUGUGUAACACAA